GAAAUAUCUGAUUACAGUGCACAAUUAGUGUGUGCUCUUAUUUUCCGUGUUGCGGCAUUCACAAAUUUAAGUAUGAAGAAGCAUUUAACUCCUGCAGCCAAAAUUCUGCAGGUCAAGUCCAGAGGUCACGGAAAAUACGACCUUGCCAAAACACUUGCCAUCGCUUUAGUGCAAAAGCAGUUUAUUGAAAUUCAAUCACCUGUCAACUACAGAGAUCUAGAAAGAGAAAAGAUCAUAAUAUUGAAAGAUCUCAGGGAAUGGUUGAAAACAGAGGAAAUUAAGAAACAUGAGGUUUUCCGUUCAUCCUCACCAAGCUCAGAC